AUGAAUCCCCCCUCAAAACCUAAACCCCAGACAAUCGCCCACCGCGGCAAAACCAAACACCCUACCGCCGCCAACCCCCGCUCCUCCCACUACCCCGAGAACACCCUCGAGAGCUUCCGCACAGCCGCCGCCGCCGGCUGCGACGCCAUUGAGACGGACCUCCGCGUCUCCAGCGAUGGGGUCAUCGUGCUCUGCCAUGAUCGCUCCCUGGAGCGGGUAUACGGCGUGAAGCGGUUCGUGGACGAAUGUACCUGGGAGGAACUGCAGGCCCUCAAAACCGCGCAGGCGCCGCAUGUGCGGAUGCCGCGGUUAGUAGAUUUCCUAGCGCUGCUUUGCGAGCCUGGAUGGGAGCGGAUGUGGGUGGUGUUGGAUAUCAAGUUGGGUAAUCUUCCCGACCGGAUCAUCCCGCUUCUUGCGCAGGCCCUUGAAUCCGUCCCGUCAGCUACGCCGUGGUCGAAACGCCUCGUGCUCGGGUGCUGGUCGGCUGCCUUCUUCCCGCUGUGUGAGCGCUACUUGCCUGGUUUUGAGACCGCGCUGAUCUGCUUCGAUCUGUGGUAUGCGGCGCGGGUGCUGCGGGGCAGCCCGGCGUCGGUUAAUGUUAAUCAGAAGGUGUUGAUGGGGAUGGGGAGGGUGUUUCUGGAGGAAGCGCGCGCUGCGGGUCGGCGGGUGUUUGUGUGGACGGUGAACGAGCCGAGUUUGAUGCGGUGGUCGAUCGAGCGAGGCGUCGAUGGGGUGAUUACGGAUGAUCCGGGACGGUGUCGGGAGAUGGUUCUGGAUGUGGUGAAAGGUGCGAGUCCGGGGACUCAACACGAUGAGAGAGUCACUGUUUCGCAGCGAGCUCAGGCGUGGGCUGUGUCGCUUCUGGUGGUUAUGUUUGGGUGGCUCUUUCGCCGGAAAUUUCUGUACGCGCUGGAGAAGCGGGACAAGAGCGAGUAA